CGAGCAACUCCUCACUUCGUUGUUCUGGGCAAUUUUCAUACAGAGAAUACCAACCAAUUUUAAGAAACAAAAAAUAACCACACACACACACAUACAAAUUUCAUUUCCCCCAAAAUACAUAAAACCAGAGAAACGGGUGCGUCUUGUGAGUGACCAAAAUAAAAUAAUCGAACGAAGUGUUGUGAAGAAGAGCCAACAGAAUUUUUUGUGAAUCGAAAAAAGAAUAAAAAACGAAACGCGACAUCUGAGCGGCAAAGCGGCCCCCGCCCCCCAUUCCACAGUAAUUGUAAUCAAAUUCAAUAAUGUUAAAUGUUCCUAAUUAGACCGAAAAUCGUGAAACGGCAGAAACCCAUUACGAAAUCCUUCUCCAACACCAAACAAGGAGACGAAGUCGCAAAUGUGUUUAGCAACUUUGACGACGACGAUGAAAACGAGAAUCAACAACAAACAACAAAUCGAGUGUGAGUGUGAAAAUUAAAAUAACAACAAACGCAACAAUAAACGAAAAACGAAUAUCUCCCCAGAAGAAAAAAAAAAAACCGAAAGGAGGGAAAUAUCCUAACGAAACUAAAGCAAAUCGGUAGUGGCAGCAUCUGCACAACAAGAAGUAGAAGUUUGCUCCACAUCUGCCUCCAAAGGAGUGAGUGCAUGUUGUAUACGGUGUGCGUGUACGUGUAUGUGUAUUUGUGAACCAAAGAAAACUAAAAACCAAUCAGGAAAUCAAGCAAACAACAAGAAAAGAAAAAAUUAAAAUAAAAAAACAAAACCAAAUGUGCCAUAUUCGCCCAACGUGCGGUGGCAACGUGAUGUGCAAAAUCGCCUUAAACGAAAUCGCCUAGACCAGCAGAUAGAUAAUUGCAUCGAACUGAGAUACUACGACUACGACUACGACUACGACUAGAGUGCCCAAUUGCAAGCUUUCUGGCAACAAGCGAAACCCAAACACAAAAACCUUCCAUCAAAAUGCAUAGAAAGGAUUAAACGACCUCAAAACACUUUUCCGGUUUUUCGUUUUGGUUAUUGGUUUUUGGUUUUAGCAACUCUUUGGUUUCUUUUCUUUGUUAUUAUUUUGUUACGCCACACACACACACACACACACAAACUCAUAUAAACCAAACAACUUUCCAAAGGAUACACAAUGGCUUCUACAAUGAAACUCAAAGCAAUUCUGGCUCUUAUCAGCCUUUUGAUGUGUGCAGUGAAUACGCAACAACAGCAGCAGCAGCAGCAGCAACAACAACAACAAUUGUCAACACAUUCAGCCCAACAACAACAGCUGCAACAGCAUUCAAAUGCCAUUAUGGGCGAAGCUGGUGUCUCCAACACCCAGUUGCAUUCGCCUGCCACGGGCGUGCAUGGCUCACGCCUGGAUGGCCAAGAUAUGCGCUACGAUACGCCUGAUGACUGCCAUUUCUUGCCGGCCGCUGGGCCGGAACACAGCGAAAUAAUGUUGACUUGCAAUUUACGCACCGUCAACAGUGAAUUCGACACCACCAACUUUAGUGUCAUACCCUCAGAGCACACGGUGGGCCUGCAUGUGCUCUGCAAUGAUGAGAUCAUGGCCAAGAGCUCCCUGGAACCGCAAUCCUUUGCUCAUUUGCAAAGGCUGCAGGAGCUCUCCAUCAAAUACUGCAAACUGUCCAAGUUCAAUCGCAAUGUCUUGGACGGCCUCAGCCAAUUGCGCAACCUGACUGUGCGUACCCACAACACGCUGUGGCCCAGCCUGAGCUUUGACAUAGAACCCGAUGCCUUUGCGGUGGUGAAGAAUCUGGAGCGCCUGGAUCUCUCCUCCAAUAACAUUUGGUCCCUGCCCGAAAAUAUAUUUUGCUCCCUAAAUGGCCUGGUGUCGCUGAACAUGAGUGAGAACCGUUUGCAAGACGUCAAUGAGCUGGGCUUUCGCGAUCGCAGCAAAGAGCAUUCUUCCUCAGAGCCCACAGCCUCGCCGGAGGCCCUAAAACGCCUUAACACAGCCUGCAAUUUCGAAAUUGAAAUACUCGAUGUGUCAUUCAAUCAUUUCGUGCUGCUGCCAGCCAAUGGCUUUGCCAUCCUGAGACGCCUGCGAGCGCUGCAGGUCAACAACAAUGAGAUCUCCAUGAUUGCCGACAAGGCCCUGAGUGGUUUGAAGAACUUGCAAAUACUCAAUCUGAGCUCCAACAAAAUUGUGGCCCUGCCCUCGGAGCUCUUCGCCGAACAGGCGGCGUCCAUCCAGGAAGUUUACCUGCAAAACAACUCCAUCAGUGUUUUAUCGCCCAAACUCUUCUCGAAUCUGGAACAGCUGCAAGCCUUGGACUUGUCCUACAACCAAAUUACCUCAACUUGGAUUGAUCGCAGCACUUUUGUCGGCCUCAUUCGUUUGGUGUUGCUGAACCUCUCGCACAACAAACUUACCAAAUUGGAUGCCGAAAUCUUCACAGAUCUCUACACCCUGCAGAUCCUUAAUCUGCGCCACAACCAGCUGGAAAACAUUGCCGCCGAGACAUUUGCUCCCAUGAACAAUCUGCAUACGCUGCUGCUCUCGCACAACAAACUCAAGUACUUGGAUGCCUAUGCCCUGAAUGGGUUGUAUGUGUUGUCCCUGCUAUCGCUAGACAACAAUCAUCUUAUCGGCGUUCAUCCGGAGGCUUUCCGUAAUUGCAGUUCCUUGCAGGAUUUGAAUUUGAACGGCAAUCAAUUGAAAACAGUUCCUUUGGCUUUGCGCAACAUGCGCCUGCUACGCACAGUUGACUUGGGUGAGAAUAUGAUAACCGUGCUGGAGGACAAUGCCUUUAAGGGGUUGAGCAAUCUCUACGGCUUGCGUCUGAUUGGCAACUACUUGGAGAACAUCACCAUGCAUGCCUUCAAGGAGCUGCCCAGCCUGCAGAUACUGAAUUUGGCUCGCAAUCGCAUUGCCGUAGUUGAGCCUGGAGCCUUCGAAAUGACCUCCAGCAUACAGGCCAUACGCCUGGAUGGCAACGAUCUCAGUGACAUCAAUGGCUUGUUCAGCAACAUGCCUUCGCUGCUGUGGCUCAACAUCUCCGACAAUCGCCUGGAACACUUUGACUAUGCCCAUGUGCCCAGCACUCUGCAAUGGCUGGACCUGCACAAGAACCGUCUGGUGGAACUCUCCAAUCGCUUUGGCCUGGACUCGCAAAUUCGCCUGCAAACCAUCGACGCCAGUUUCAAUCAAAUCCAACGCAUCUCCCCCUCUUCCAUACCCAACUCCAUCGAAUUGUUGUUCAUCAAUGACAACCUCAUAAACACCGUGGAUCCCGAUACGUUCAUGCACAAAACCAACCUGACACGUGUGGAUCUCUAUGCCAACCAGAUUAGCACCUUGGAUGUCAAAUCUCUGCGCAUUUUGCCUGUGCACGAACAUCGUUCGCUGCCCGAGUUUUACAUUGGCGGCAAUCCCUUCACUUGCGACUGCAACAUUGACUGGCUGCAGAAAAUCAACCACAUCAAGUCGAGACAAUAUCCGCGCAUAAUGGACUUGGAGACCAUCUACUGCAAGCUGCUGAACAAUCGCGAGCGUGCCUACAUUCCCCUCAUUGAGGCAGAGCCCAAACACUUUUUGUGCACCUACAAGACCCACUGCUUUGCCGUGUGCCACUGUUGCGAGUUCGAUGCCUGUGACUGUGAGAUGACUUGCCCCACCAACUGCACGUGUUUCCAUGACCAGACGUGGUCGACCAACAUUGUGGAAUGCUCCGGAGCCGGCUACUCGGCCAUGCCUCGCAAAGUUCCCAUGGACACCACGGAACUCUACAUCGAUGGUAACAAUUUUGUGGAGCUGGCCAGUCAUUCCUUCCUGGGACGCAAGAACCUGGCAGUGCUUUAUGUGAACAACUCCAACAUCCAAAUCAUCUACAACACCACCUUCAGCGGCCUCAAGAGGCUGGUGGUCUUGCAUCUGGAGGACAAUCACAUCACCGCACUGGAGGGCAAUGAGUUCGCCAACCUGGAAAAUCUACGUGAGCUAUAUCUGCAAAACAAUCGCAUAGCCACCAUUGGCAACGGCAGCUUCCAUGCUAUGAGGAAGUUGGAGGUGCUGCGCUUGGAUGGCAAUCGCCUGAUGCACUUUGAGGUAUGGCAGUUGGCACUGAACCCCUACUUGGCCGAAAUUGGCUUGGCCGACAAUCAAUGGUCGUGCGAGUGCAGCUACCUCAUGCACUUCCGCACUUACCUGGCCCAAAACUCGGGCAAAAUUAUCGAUGCAUCGCGCGUCUCGUGUGUCUACAACAAUGCCACCAGUGUGUUGCGCGAGAAGAAUGGAACCAAGUGCACGCUGCGUGAGGAUGUUGCCACCUAUGUGCAGGCCAGUGAAAUCGAAAGUCUGCUGCCCCUCCUGCUGAUGGCCACCUGUGCAUUUGUGGGCUUUUUCGGUUUGAUCAUGGGUCUCUUCUGCUAUCGCCAGGAGCUGAAAAUGUGGGCCCACUCCAACUGCCUGCUGAACAUGUGCUACAAGAACACCGGCUUUGUGGAGGAACUGGACAAGGAGCGCCUGAAUGAUGUCUACUUCGCCUACAGCCUGCAGGAUGAGCAUUUCGUUAAUCAAAUUUUGGCCCACAACCUGGAAAACGACAUGGGCUAUCGGGCAUGUCUGCACUACCGUGACAUCAAUAUUAAUGCCUAUGUCACAGAUGCCGUCAUAGAGGCUGCCGAAAGCGCCAAGCAAUUCGUGCUGGUGCUGUCCAAGAACUUUCUGUACAAUGAGUGGUCUCGUUUCGAAUACAAGAGUGCCCUGCACGAAAUCGUCAAACGCAGAAAGCGCAUUGUGUUCAUUCUGUAUGGCGACUUGCCCCAACGAGACAUCGAUAUCGAUAUGCGUCACUACCUACGCACCAGUACCUGCAUAGAGUGGGACGACAAAAAAUUCUGGCAGAAACUACGCCUGGCCCUGCCUCAUGUCCGCAGCAAACGCACAACCAACUGCCUGAGUAAUCGCUCGUCGGUAAACAUCUAUGCAGCAGCCCAUGAAUACCAAGCAACUGCCAAUGGACGGGCCAGUGGUGUGGUGGUGGCCGACAAACCGUACAGCGAUUGCAGCAACUAUGCCACCAUUAAUGACUGUGUCCGGGGAUACGCGCCCAUACCCACGGCAGCGGCUAAUUGUAAAUUCAACACACUCAACGAGAUGGGCUACAAGGCGAACAAGGAAACCAAGGAGCUGCAACAUGCCAAAACUCUGGAAUUUCAGCGCCAUCACAACCACAUGCGACCCCAGCCGCCACCCUUAUCGGUUGCAGCAGCAGCAGCCCACAUACAUCACCAGCAACAGCAUGAGUAUGCGGUGCCCUCCUACUACACCAUGGGCAAUGGCCACUUACCCAGAGGAGGAGGAGUGGGAGCAGCUGGUGCCACUGGGGGUGUUAUGGGCGACAUUGCGGCCCCCACCUAUGAUAGUGUGGACUAUUCCAAGCAGGCCACCCUGCAGAAAACUUCCAAUAACUGUGAUUGCAGCGGCACGGAGGGCACCAGCAGCAGACGAAAGCCCGGUCUGCAGGCCAGUUUCUCCUCGAAUUUCACGCCACCGCCCCCACCCUUGAUCGGUGGCACACUGACUAGCUACAAUUGCAAGAAGGCACCCUGCAAUUGUCGCCGCUCCACAAGUGCUGGAGAUGACAAUAUAAGCUGUCGUUGUGGCGGCAGUGGUGGUGCAGCAGGCAAAAGCAGCAGCAGCCAGAGCUCCAGCAGCAACAGUACCAACGACAGCUGUCGCAACGAUGACGAGCUCAACCACUACGAGUCAAAUCUGUCACUGAACGAAAUCAAUACGACCACAGCAUCGGUGGGUGAGGAGAGCAACAGUUUGUGGGCGUAACAUCAAAACUACCAGCAAUUCCAAAGGCAGAGGCAGCAGCAACAACAACAGCAGCAAAAGCAACACCAUCAGCAACAGACGGCAGUUUGUUGACGUGAUUGCCCACCAGAUGCCAAGGAUGUGGACGAGGAUGUUCUAGUUUUUAAGCUUUCCCAGGAGACAGACUAUGUAACCAGUGAAUUUAUGAAGUGCACCUCCCUCUAUUUCAAGAAUAGAAGAAUACCGCAGCACUUUUUGUAAAAAGAAAAUAAAUGAAGAAACCCCAAUUCUCAAUUCCCCCCCCCCCCAGUCCAAGAGAUCCCUCCCACAAUUAUUUUUAAUUAUGAAAUUAUUUAUUGAAUAUUUUUGUACUUAUUAUUGUUUAUAGAAAUUGUUCAUUUUUAUUUGAAUUUAAGUUGUUUUUUUUUCUGAAUUUAUUAUUUUUCUUUAGCUUAGUUUUAUCCUUAGUUUAGUUCUAUAUAUGUAUGUGUAAGAGUCCUUUUGGAAGUUACUCCAUUCUACAUAAAUGAGAUGUUCUUAUGGAACUUUCUAAUUGGAUGCUAACAAACAAACGAAAAAAAAAAACAAAACAAAACAAAACAGAUAAACAGACUGAUAAACUUAGUUCGUUCUUUUUUAGAGAAACGUGUGAGAGACGAGAGAAGAGAAGAAAAGACAGAAGACGAAAAAAUGAUAAAUAAAACAAAAGCCCAAGAGUUUAAAUAAUAAACUGUAAAUAUAUUUAUUUUUUUUUUUUUUUGCUAAGAUAACUGAUAUUCGUAAUUAAAAACAAAAAACUAAUGUACAACAACUAUUUCACAAAAACCCAUACAUGCAAACAUUCAGACAGACAGACGGAUGGCUAAAGGCAGACUUUCUUCCAUAUGCCCAAUUGGGGACAUAAACUUCGACAUUCGAAUGUCGACAUUAAAUGUUCACAAGACUGAGUGGGGCAUACAGUGAGCGCCACCGACAGACGGACGGACGGACGGACAGACAUACAGAUUUCCACAUUUAGAGUUAGCAACUCAUAAAUGGACGUAUGGACGGACAUUAAGACCUCCACACUAAUAAUUGGGAUUCUUGGUUUCAUUUUGGUUUCGGUGAAAACUUCAACUUGUCUAAAUGAAAUCGAAAGAGGAAAUUCACUCAAUAAUUCAUUGUAAAUAGCCCAUAGCACACCACAGACACCAUGACCAGCCAACCGACUAAACAGCCAACUACCGGCCGCCAAACGUACAAUACGCACACACUCUCACUCACUCACUCACUCAAUCGCUCAUACAUACAAGCGAAACAAGCAAAGUCAAAUCCAAGUCAUGUUUAAGGUUAAUUAGUUAUUUAUUUGUUUUUUUUUUUUACUACAAUAAGAUUUCAAUGAAAUUAUACCUAGCCGAACUAACUGAAAAGCGCCACUUUUCCGUCAAGUCGACAAACUAACUCAGCAGCCAUAUAUAGAGAAUAGACCACAGAAUUUCGAUGAAAAACCAAAUAACAAGACAUGAGACUAUGGAAAAGCCAAGAAGUUACACAAAACAAAAAUAAUUAAAAACACAUAAUAAUAAUAAUAAUGAAGAAAACAAAAACC